AUGGAUUCCGACUUUGAGGACUUUGACAACUCAAGCCUCACAGCAAAGAACCUCUUUGAAGGUGCUGUAUCUGUAGGACUAAAUGAGAGUAUCAAUACUACACUCAACAACUUGCAAUAUAACAAUAAUAACAAUAAUAAUAACAACAAUGGAUUUGGAAUGGGUCAUAUUAAUGAUCAACAACAUCAACAAUAUUAUCAACAACAGCAACAACAACAACAUAUAGAUCCAUUUAGAUCAAGAGGUGGACCUACACCAGGUGGUGGCUUGGUCACCUCAUCUAAUGCAGCAGCAACAGAUGACCCAACAACAACACAACAACCAGCACAACAACAGCAACAACAACUACAGCAACAACAACAAGCAGCAACAUCCACAUCAGUAUGCACACCUCAGCCAAUCCUUGACACUAUUUAUAAGCUGUUGUCAGACCAAGAGACGAGCUUGGUGAACAUGAUACACGAUCAGUCGAUUGUAUUGAAUCGUCUCACACAGCCCCUUGACGAGCAGUCGAUAGUCAGCCUCCAAUCCCUCUCCCAGCAGCAAGUGACAAUGUCCAACCAGAUGCACACCGAGAUGUCGGCACUUGACUCGAUCAAGAAGGGCAAGAUCCUCGACCCGACCGACCUGGCAAAGAUGUUUGCGCUCAAGCAAGACCUCCAGACGCAGUUCAAGCAGCUGACCCUGCUGCACCAGGAGGUGCAGGGCAUCCUCAACCCAUCCUCUCAGACCUCCAAGCCCAACGUGUGCCUGGUGGUCAAGACACAGCCAUUCCCCGUCGUCAUCACCAAGGGCAAGCAGUUGAGCGAGAACCAGCUGGUCGUUCAGAUACUCACGGGCGCGCGUCUCAACUUCAAUCUGCACGGCCCGGUCAAGGCCACGUUGAUCUGCGACUCGAGUCCAAGCAGCAAGAGCAACCCGACGCAGCAGCUCGAGAUGGACUCGCAGCCCAUCUAUCCGGCCAACCUCACGGCGCACUUCCCGCUCAAGUUCCUGGCGGGCACCAGGAAGAGCUCUGUAAAUUUGAAAUUCGGCGUCAACAUUCGCGACAUGGACAACAUGACGACGGCGGUGGAGAGCGAUGCGUCCAACCCCUUUGUCGUUAUCACCAACGAGUGCCAGUGGGAGGGCAGCGCCGGUGUCCUGCUCAAGAAGGACGCCUUUGACGGCCAGUUGGAGAUACCAUGGCCACAGUUCAUCAACACGUUGCAGCGACACUUCCUCAUUGCCACCAAGCAGGAUCCGGUCCGACCCAAGCGACCUCUCUCCCAAUUCGACUUCAAGUACAUCCAAGUCCAGUUCUUUGCCGGUCGUACACUCAUUCAUCAACAAGACUUUGACAAGUUCUGGAACUGGUUCGGCAAGUCCAUGCAGACCCUAAGGUAUCAACGUCAUAUCUCUGCGCUCUGGCAAGAAGGUAUUAUUUAUGGAUAUAUGGACAGACAAGAGUCAGACAAUGCACUUGCUGGACAGGACCCAGGAACGUUUAUUAUUAGAUUCAGCGAGAGGAAUCCAGGACAGUUUGGCAUUGCUUACAUUGGCACCGAGAUGCCUUAUCGCAUCAAACAUUAUCUGGUGCAGCCCAAUGACACUGCCGCCGCCAAGAAGACAUUCCCAGACUUUUUGGCCGAGCAUCCACAGUUUAUCAAUAUAUUACAAUGGACCAAGGGUCCCGAUGGCCAGCCACGCUUCCUCAAGUGUCACAAGGAUUCAGCACUUGGCUCAUUUGCACCAAAGAAGGUGCAGCCUACACCAGUUGGAGGUUAUGAGCCACUGGGCAUGCAUUAG